ACUGAGCUGUUGCGCUGGCGCGGGAGGUGGCGGCGGUCGCUGUAGCUUUGCCGGGGAACGGGGUCCGGCGUCCUGGGUGAGACGAUGGCUUCCUUCGUGACCGAAGUGCUGGCCCACUCAGGGCGACUGGAGAAGGAGGAUCUGGGCACUCGGAUCGGUCGCCUGACCAGGAGGGUGGAGGAGAUCAAGGGCGAGGUCUGCAGCAUGAUCAAUAAGAAGUACAAUGAAUUCUUGCCUAGCAUGCAAAGUGCCCAGGACCUGGUAAGCCAGGUGGAUGAGCUAUGUGAUGACAUUGAUCUACUGAAAUCCAGGGUGGAGAGUGAGGUACACCAGGAUCUUCAUGUAUCCAUUGUGGAAUUUACACAACUGAAGCAGCAGCUCGAAAAAGACACAGUCGUCCUGAGCAUGCUAAACAGCUUCCAAGAGUUUUCUACUGCCAUUGAAGAAUACAAUUGUGCCUUAUCAGAAAAGAAGUAUGUUUCUGCUGCCCAGCACCUGAGAAAGGCACAGAACUGCUUGAAGUUGUUAAAAUCUAGGAAAGGCUUUGAAUUGCAGAUUUUCAAAUCCCUCAGUGUGGAGCUUACGAUCCAGAAGCAGAACAUACUCUACCACCUUGGGGAGGAGUGGCAGAAGCUGGCUACAUGGAAGCUUCCUCCAUCCAAAGUUAGCAGCUUGGAAUCUGCCCUACAGACAGAACUUCAUUUGUGUACUGAACCGUCUCAGAAAGAAGAUGAAGCCCCCACCUCAUGUCUCAUCGUGCUCUUGGCAUUUGCUCUUGUUGGUGAACUGCACACCAAACUUAAGUCCUUCAGUCAGUUGUUGCUGAAGUACAUCAUCAGGCCCCUGGUAUCUUAUCCAUCCCCUACCAUGCCCUGAUUGACACCCCAUCCUGAUACAGUUGUCUUUCGAUUUGAAUCUGUGCCAACUGAUUUUGGAACAUUCAUCUCACCUGAGGUUUUUACAAAGAUCAGGCUGGUGCUGGAAGUUCUUCAGAAACACCUGCUGGACUUACCUCUUGGUGAUGAUUUAGAAGAUGAAAAAGUAUCUAAGAUUGUAUUGGCAGAGAUUGUGGGUGACAUGAUCUGGGAAGAUAUGUCUGAGUGUCUCAUUAAAGAUUGUUUGGUUUAUUCCAUUCCAACAAACAGCAGCAAGUUAGAACAGUAUGAAGAGGUGAUACAGUCCACAGAAGAAUUUGAAAAUGCUCUUAAGGGCAUGAGAUUUUUAAAAGGAGAUACUACUGAUUUGUUGAAAUAUGCCCGGAAUAUCAAUUCUCAUUUUGCUAACAAGAAGUGCCAAGAUGUGAUUGUGGCAGCCAGAAACCUAAUGACUUCAGAGAUUCACAACACUGUAAAGAUCAGUCCAAAGUCUAAGAUAGCUCUGCCAGAAUUACCAGUCCCUGAUGAAGGUAACAGACUCAAAGUACAAAAAGCAUCCAAAAGUCUGCACAAUGAAAUGAUGAAUUUAGACACUGAAAAUAAACUGGGUGAGCAUUCUUUUUCUUUGCCAACUUGUCGGAUCAGCGAAUCUGUGGAGAAACUGAUGGAGUUGGCCUAUCAGACUUUAUGGGAAGCAACAACUAGCAGUGAUCAAUGUGCCGUUCAGCUUUUCUACUCAGUGAGGAAUAUCUUUCAUUUGUUCCAUGAUGUUGUGCCAACAUAUCACAAGGAGAACCUUCAAAAACUUCCCCAGCUGGCUGCCAUUCAUCACAACAACUGCAUGUACAUCGCUCAUCACUUGUUGACCCUUGGGCAUCAGUUCAAGUUACGCCUUGCCCCUGUUCUUUGUGAUGGCACCACUACUUUUGUGGAUCUUGUACCAGGUUUCAGGAGACUUGGGACAGAAUGCUUUCUGGCCCAGAUGAGGAUGCAGAAGGGAGAGCUGCUGGAACGACUGUCAAGUGCAAGGAACUUUUCAAACAUGGACGAUGAAGAUAAUUAUUCUGCAGCAGGCAGAGCAGUUCGGCAGGUACUACAUCAGUUAAAAAGACUUGGAGUUGUGUGGCAAGAUGUACUUCCAGUAAAUAUAUACUGCAAAGCUAUGGGGACCUUACUUAACACAGCCAUUGCUGAGAUCAUUGGCAGAAUCACUUCCCUAGAGGACAUCUCUACCCAAGAUGGCGACAGAUUGUACUCUUUGUGCAAAACAAUAGUGGAAGAAGGGCCCCAGGUGUUUACACCAUUACCUGAAGAAAAUGAAAAUAAGAAAUUUCAAGAAGAGGUUCCUGUCUAUGUGCCAAAAUGGAUGCCAUUCAAAGAGUUGAUGCUGCUGCUACAGGCAAGCCUGCAAGAAAUUGGAGAUCGGUGGGCUGAUGGGAAGGGACCCUUGGCAACUGCCUUCUCCUCUGGUGAAGUGAAGGCUUUAAUCCGGGCUUUGUUCCAGAACACAGAAAGAAGAGCAGCUGCCCUUGCUAAGAUUAAAUAGCCUUGUCUUCCUGUGGAAGCCACGCCAUUAUUGUAAAGAAUCUUCUGGCAUAGUUACUUAUGCAGUUCUCUGGAAAUACCAAUUAAUUUUGAUGAACUUCCUGCCAGAAUAUCAUGGAGUUUGACUUUAUAUAAAGACUGUCCUACGUCCCUGGCCUGAAUGAAAUUUGGCAGAAAAUAUGCCACAUCAGCAGGACAAGAGAUGGAGUGGAUCAGGACGCCUCAGGGGACUUCCUGUUAUCUGCAGGAAAUUAUUAUUUCCUUCUGCUUCCAGGGCCUUUUGGGAGGAAGUGGUCCCUGACUCCAGACCAAGAAAUCAGGGGCCCUGACUUUGGGGGGAACUGGCAUCCACUUCCCUGUGGGAAGGAUAAUUUUUGAAGGGAGUUCACAGCACCUUAGUUGGCCUAACAGUUACUAGGUGGACUUCUGUAUAUCACCUUUCCAAUAAAUGACACUUUUCAGAA